GGUCUGACGGAUCUGAACUGUGUCUCAGGUGAUGAUCCAGAUCCUGAAGGACAUGGGGAUCACCGAGUACGAGCCCCGCGUCAUCAACCAGAUGUUGGAGUUCACCUACAGAUACGUGACGACCAUCAUCGAGGACGCCAAAAUCUACGCCACACACGCCAAGAAGUCUAACGUGGACGCCGACGACAUCAAACUGGCGAUCCAGUGCCGCAUGGACCAGUCGUUCACCUCGCCGCCGCCACGAGACUUCCUGUUGGAGGUGGCGAGGCAGAAGAACCAGACUCCUCUCCCGCUGAUCAAACCGUACACCGGACCUCGACUUCCUCCGGACCGCUACUGUCUGACGGCGCCCAACUAUAGACUCAAGUCCAUCCAGAAGAAGGUGUCGUCGUCUACCAGCAGGAUAUCGGUGCCUCGCCUCAGCGUGGGCGCCGUCACCAGCAGGCCGAGCACGCCGACGCUCGGGACGCCGUCUGUCCAGUCCGUCACCACCAAAGUUGGAGCUCCAGUGUCUCUGACGGGACAGAGGUUCACUGUUCAGAUCCCACCGCCCUCUCAGACAGCCACCACCAAAACCACCACCCCGUCCACGCCGGCUGUCUCCAAUGUCCUCAUCAAUCCGUCUCUGAUUGGCUCCAAGAACAUCCUCAUCACCACCAACAUGGUCUCGCAGAACUCGAGCGGCGGCGAGUCGCUGAAGAGGAAGCACGAGGACGAUGACGACUACGAUGCUUUAUGACAGUGUGACUGAAGGUGGCGCUUUUUAUUAUCCUUCAAAAUACUUUGACCCCUGCUCCCGCCGGAUGCUGAUCCAGAUCACUAAAAACUCGUGUUAGAUUAGUUUUUCUAGAACGUUUAACCAGCGAAGACCUGCGACUCCAGACUGGAGUUCACCGGUGUAACCAGUCUGCUGGAAGGUUCGAGAUGAGGAUGUCAGAGCUUUACUGUGGAUUCAAACAGAAGCUUCUGUAAAACCGAAGAAACCCAAUUUACAAUAAAACUGCGUUAAAAUGAAAA